AACAAACAUUAGCGAGUUAGCAACGCAACCUAGCCACGCUCGUGCCCUACGUAGCUAGCUCACCACAGCCAGGGCUUGCGGGUGGGUGGUGAUGAAGAAUUAUCAUCCACUCAAAUGGCACUAAUAUUAAUCUUACAUCGACGCUGACCUGGCUGCAUUUACUGUUUGGAAGAUUCGUUUAUUGUGCAUUUAGUAGUCAUUCGCAACACUAUUAGGAGGGGCGUAGUUUUUUUUUCUUUUUCUCUGCUGAAAAGGACCUCGGCGGCCAAAUCAUUUUGGCGUAAAGAGUCACUUUCUCCUCAAGACAGUUCAUCUGAUGUUGUUCAACACACGAACGUUAUUCCAGGGGUUUUAUGUGUAUGUGUCACAUUGGUGAAUAAGUGCUCCAUCGACGUCAAAGUGACACGAGCAGCUGCGACGGCGCAACCAUGCUGGAGGAGGACAUGGAAGUGGCCAUCAAGGUGGUCGUGGUGGGCAACGGUGCCGUGGGAAAGUCCAGCAUGAUCCAGCGCUACUGCAAGGGUGUCUUCACCAAGGACUAUAAAAAGACCAUUGGAGUGGACUUCCUCGAAAGGCAGAUCACUGUUAACGACGAAGAUGUUCGCCUUAUGUUGUGGGAUACCGCUGGGCAGGAGGAGUUUGACGCCAUCACUAAGGCGUACUAUCGCGGCGCCCAAGCGUGCGUGCUGGUGUUCUCUACCACAGACAGAAAUUCUUAUAUGGCUAUUGACAAUUGGAAGGAAAAGAUUGAAGCAGAGGUGGGAGAUAUUCCCACAGUCCUUGUGCAGAAUAAAAUUGACCUCCUGGAAGAAACUGUUAUCAAAAAUGAGGAAGCCGAGGGCUUGGCCAAGAGGCUUAAAUUGAGAUUUUACCGAGCUUCAGUAAAAGAAGAUUUAAAUGUCACAGAGGUGUUUAAAUACUUAGCUGAGAAAUAUCUUCAACAACUCAAACAGCAAACAGCAGAGGAGACUGAGGCGGUACACUCAACAAGCAAUAAAAUAGGAGUUUUUAAUACCACAAGUAGUAAUGUGAGCAACCAGAGCUCCAGCAACGGCAGAGAAGUCAUCACACUGCGACCAAACAAACAAAGGACCAAGAAGAGUAAAAAAACAUUCGGCAGCUGCAGCCUCCUCUAGACAAACAGCGUUUUUGUUUGUUUGUUUGUUUGUUUGUUUGUUUUUUUUGUGCUGACCAGUCACAGAAACCAAAGUGCAAAGACUGGGAGUCACUCCGUUAUACCAACAAUCUCAUGUUUAAUUUCCAUAUUAAAUGUUUCCGCCCAAAUUGAUGGAUGAAUUUCAUCUGUGAAAUCUUGCACAAUGUUUUGUUUUUUUUUGGUGCAGAACAACGAUCAUCAUUCUAUUUUCACACGAUGCAGAUCUCAUUGUGGGCCAAAAAGGAUAUCCACUUGUCCAGACUUUUGAGAUUCAUGCGAAAGAUUUGACAGAUUGAUUUCGUAAUUUUCACCAGGAGGUAGAUAAGCCAUUUACUUGAUACGAGAUGCCUGGUGUGAUACAUGAUUGUCUGCUGUAAUUUCAAGGAACGUUUUCCCAAUGACAUCAUACAAUGCCCUCAAUAGAAUAAUUUCCAAAUAGUCCUAUUUUCACAGCGCUUGCUCCUACGGAUUUCAGCUGCACAUCUUUGUAUGAAUUACAGAGGACAAGCUGAGUGUUGUAUCCCUCUCACUAGCUUACGGUUUAGUUUAUCUGUAAUAAAUUCAGCGGCUGGUUAAAUGUAUUUUUAUACCAAUCAUAAAAGUGUUGAGUGAUAUCUUGAAGUGUUAACGGCUUCCUGGUGCCAAUUAUUCUUAACGCAGCAGAGGUUUGAAUGUAACCUUCAAAUAAUCUAUUGUGCUAACGUAUAACCAAAAAUGAAUAUCAUGUGUGUACUGUACUGUCCACUCAUCAAUUUGUUAACGAAAUGUGAUCUUUUUGGAAUUUAACAGGAGGCAGACACCCUUGAGUUCCUUAAAUCCCACCCAGCUGUAGGGUGUGGUUGUUUUGAAAUUGCUGGUAUUUACGUCAUCUUUACUUUGGUAGGAUUUGAAGUCACUCAUUACAUUGUGAAUCAUCACUGUUGUCCAUCUUACUAAGCAGACAUCAAGGACAUCAUUUCAAGGUUUUAUGGAAUAUAGUAUAUUGUUUGGGUGUUGAACAUCAAGAUGCACAGUUAAAAAUUGAGGGGAAAAAAAUCAAAUCAGGACUGUAAGUUUGCUUUUAAUAUGCUCGGGUGUGCUCGAAUAUUCAACAAAAUUCAUAUCAUUGGCGAUUAAAAAUGUUUCAUAAUCUGCGCUAGGACAUGUGAAACUUGAUUUUUUUUUUAAUCCCUCGCGCUGCUCUAAAAAGCACAAAGUAAUACAAGCUGUUGUAAAAAAGUCUCCUGUUAAAUAUUGUCAUGUGAAAUCAUCUCUCAACUUCUUUCUUAAUUGUAUUUAGGUGAAUAUAUCAUUCAUUGGCAAAUUACACAUGCAUGUGUAUUGUUUUUGUUCUUUUGGCACUGAUUCUCGCAUGUAUGGUGGUGUCCUAACAUUCAAAUAUUUGUACUGGUGUACAUUUUGGACACUGUUUUUGAAAGCAAAGAAAAAUGGUCAAUGUACUUGUGUUGCAUGCAAAAGCCCUUGUGACGGAUCAGUGAAUGUUCCAUUUUGGUUGCAAAGCCACAAUGCCUUAACCAUGUUUACAUCAUAUUGUCCAUUGACCUCAAGGAAGCAUUUUUUCAGUCCCCUCAAAAUGGCCUGCCUGCACAUCACAUUUGUAUUUAAUCAAUGCUUAAAAGUUUUCCUUUUUGUUUAUUAAUCGAAUGGACGUCAUGCACUUUAUUAUUAAAAUGACAAAAUUUGAGUAACUACGAACCGGGAAUUAAAAUUAAUCACUUAUGUGCUGUCACUCAGGUGUUGUAUGAAUUUCUGUUUGGUUUCUUUUUUUUUUUUUCCUUUGUUACAUUUUCACAUAAAAAAAAAAAAAACAUGUUUGGUUUAUGUCUGACAGAAAUUUAUCAUUGUUGCUGUUUUAGUUCGAACAAAUGUAACCUGAAAUGUGCCGGAUUGCUGUGAUCCAGCUAUCAUGGUGUAGUAGGGAGAAGUGACAUAAAUGAAUCUUUACUUUGUUCACAG